AAGAGAGAAAGAAAGAAAGAAAAGAAAAGAAGAGAAGAGAAGAGAAGAGUAGAGAAGACAACAGAGAGACAGACAAGAUUCAAAAUACUGAUGCUGGCAUGAGAGCUGGAUUCAGGGAUUACUCCUGCCCAUCGACCCUGCCUGCUCAAUGGGUGCAGCGUUUGUCAUCUUCACUGGCUGAGAACUUCCUAAAAUGUCAGCUGAGGAUAGGCACAGAGGUUUAGGUGGUUGGACCAAGGUGACAGGACUGGCGCAGCACUAGCAUAACAGACCCACCCAUUUCCCAGAAGGAGGAGGCCAGAAUGACCAAGUUCAAGGAGGCGGUGACCUUCAGGGACGUGGCCGUGGUCUUCAGCGAGGAGGAGCUGGGGCUGCUGGACUCUGCCCAGAGGAAGCUGUACCGGGACGUGAUGCUGGAGAACUUCAGGAACCUGCUCUCCGUGGAGCAUCAGUUCAUCACCCCAGAUAUUUUACCUCAGUUAGAGAGAGAUGAAAAGCUCCGGAUGAGGAAGAUGACAACCCAGAGUGGUGGCACCUCAGGAGACAAGAAUUUAAAUGAGAUGGAGACUCUUCAAGAAGUAGGCUCAAGGUACCUGCCACAUGAAGAGCCUUUCUGCUCACAGAUCUGGCAACAAGUUACCAGGGAGUUAACCAGGUGUCAAGAGUCUAUGGUGAAUAUUCAAGAAACUGGCUCUCAGUUGAAAAAACUAGAUGAUGUACCCUAUGAAGAUGAGGAUUUCAGUAAACGCUUUAAUCAGAAUUCACAUCUUCAGGUUCACCACAGAGUCCAUGGUGGUAAAGAACUUUACAAAGCGGAGACAAAUGAGAAAGGUUCUACUUGGGAUUCUGAUCUUCAAGUGAAGCAGAAGGUCCGUGCAGGAGAAAAGCCCUACAAAUGUGAAAAAUGUGAUAACACCUUCCGUCGAUUUUCAAGUCUUCAAGCCCAUCAGAGAGUGCAUAGUAGAGAGAAGUCAUACAAACCUGAUUUAUCAUCCAAGUGUUUCAGUCAGGUAUCACAGUUCCACCCCCAGCAGAGACUCCCGACAGGAGGGAAUCCAUACAAAUAUGAGGAGUGUGGGAAGAAUACGAGGAAAAGCUCACAUUGCCAGGCUCCUCUGAUAGUCUACCCAGGAGAGAAACACUAUAAAUGUGAGGAGUGUGGGCUGAGCUUCAAUCAGAUCUCAUAUCUUCGAGUUCAUCAGAGGAUCCACACUGGAAAGAAACCUUAUAAAUGUGAAGAGUGUGGAAAGGGCUUCAGUUGGCGUUCACGACUACAGGCCCAUCAACGAAUCCACACUGGGGAGAAACCAUACAAAUGCAGUGCCUGUGGCAAGGGCUUUAGUUAUAGCUCACACCUCAACAUUCAUUGCAGAAUCCACACAGGAGAGAAACCCUACAAAUGUGAAGAGUGUGGGAAGGGCUUCAGUGUAGGUUCACACCUUCAAGCCCAUCAGAUAAGCCACACUGGAGAGAAGCCAUACAAAUGUGAGGAGUGUGGGAAGGGCUUCUGUCGGGCCUCAAAUCUUCUGGACCAUCAGAGAGGCCACACUGGGGAGAAACCAUACCAAUGUGAUGCUUGUGGUAAGGGCUUCAGCCGGAGCUCAGAUUUUAACAUUCAUUUUAGAGUCCAUACAGGAGAAAAACCCUAUAAAUGUGAGGAGUGUGGUAAGGGCUUUAGCCAGGCCUCAAAUCUUCUAGCCCAUCAGAGAGGCCACACUGGAGAAAAACCAUACAAAUGUGGUACAUGUGGGAAGGGCUUCAGUCGGAGUUCAGAUCUUAAUGUUCAUUUUAGAAUCCACACAGGAGAGAAACCCUAUAAAUGUGAGAAGUGUGGUAAGGCUUUCAGUCAGUUCUCAAGUCUUCAAGUACAUCAGAGAGUCCACACAGGAGAGAAACCGUAUCAGUGUGUACAAUGUGGGAAAGGCUUUAGUGUGGGAUCACAACUUCAGGCCCAUCAAAGAUGCCACACUGGGGAGAAACCAUAUCAAUGUGAGGAGUGUGGGAAGGGCUUCUGCCGGGCCUCAAAUUUUCUUGCUCAUCGGGGAGUUCACACAGGAGAAAAACCAUACCGAUGCGAUGUGUGUGGAAAGCGCUUCCGACAGAGAUCCUAUCUUCAGGCCCACCAGAGGGUCCACACUGGGGAGAAACCAUACAAAUGUGAGGAAUGUGGGAAGGUCUUUAGUUGGAGCUCAUACCUUCAGGCCCAUCAGCGAGUUCACACUGGAGAAAAACCAUACAAAUGUGAAGAAUGUGGGAAAGGCUUCAGUUGGAGCUCAAGUCUUAUAAUUCAUCAGCGAGUCCACACAGGCGAGAAGCCUUAUAGUUGUGAGGCGUGCGGGAGGUCCUUCAGUCAGGCCUGUCAUCUUCAGGACCAUCAGAGAGUCCACACUGGGGAAAAACCGUUCAAAUGUAAUGCAUGUGCCAAGAGCUUUAGUCGGAAUUCACAUCUUCAGUCCCAUCAGAGAGUACAUACAGGAGAGAAGCCAUACAAAUGUGAGGAGUGUGGGAAGCAUUUCAUUUGUAGCUCAAAUCUUUACAUUCAUCAGAGGGUCCACACAGGAGAAAAACCCUAUAAGUGUGAGGAAUGUGGUAAAGGCUUCAGUCGGCCUUCAAGUCUUCAAGCCCAUCAAGGAGUCCACACUGGAGAGAAAUCAUACAUCUGUACUCUAUGUGGUAAAGGCUUUACUCUGAGUUCAAAUCUUCAAGCCCACCUGAGAGUCCAUACUGGAGAGAAACCAUACAAAUGUGAGGAGUGCGGGAAGAGCUUCAGGAGGAACUCGCAUUAUCAAGUUCAUCUAGUGGUCCACACAGGAGAGAAGCCCUAUAAAUGUGGGAUAUGUGGGAAGGGGUUCAGUCAGAGUUCCUAUCUUCAAAUCCACCAGAAGGCCCACAGUAUAGAAAAACCUUUCAAGUGUGAGGAGUGUGGACAGGGCUUCAAUCAGAGCUCACGACUUCAGAUUCACCAAUUGAUUCACACUGGAGAGAAACCAUACAAAUGUGAAGAAUGUGGAAAGGGAUUCAGUCGAAGAGCAGAUCUUAAAAUUCAUUGUAGAAUUCACACAGGAGAGAAACCAUAUAAUUGUGAGGAAUGUGGGAAGGUCUUCAGGCAGGCCUCAAAUCUUUUGGCCCAUCAAAGAGUCCACAGUGGAGAAAAGCCGUUUAAUUGUGAAGAAUGUGGGAAAAACUUUGGUCGGAGCUCACACCUUCAAGCCCACCAAAAAGUCCACACUGGCGAAAAGCCAUACAAAUGUGAGGAGUGUGGAAAGGGCUUCAAAUGGAGCUUGAAUCUUGACAUGCAUCAGAGAGUCCACACUGGAGAAAAACCAUACAAGUGUGGGGAGUGUGGUAAGUUCUUCAGUCAGGCUUCAAGUCUUCAGCUUCACCAGAGUGUCCACACUGGAGAGAAACCAUAUAAAUGUGAUGUGUGUGGUAAAGUCUUCAGUCGGUCCUCACAACUGCAAUCUCAUCAGAGAGUUCACACGGGAGAGAAACCUUACACCUGUGAGAUAUGUAGUAAGAGCUUCAGUUGGCGAUCAAAUCUUACAAUUCAUCACAGAAUUCAUGUUGGUGAUAAGUCUUAUAAAAAUAAUGUUGGUAAGGACAGAGAAUUCACACAAGAACAAAGUUCUAUAAAAUGUUUUUGAAGA